ACUGAGCAGUAAUACAAUGCUACUUAACAAGGUCAGCUCCUAAACUGGCUUUGGCUUGUUUUCCAAUUUAUAAUAUGUUCCUUAAGAGCAGAGUUUUCAUCCUCCAUUUCUUUUGUAACUCUGCUGCCAAGUUCAAGACUUGGUAUACAGAGGGGGGUCUGUAGAAGCCUCAGCCCGAUGGGCUGACUGUAGUACUGAAGCAUUGUGGUACCAAGAAGGUCCACUUUCCAUUGAUCUAAUUUUUUUUCUUUUCUUUUUUCAUUUUCAGAUUUGUGCAGAGUUUCUCCAUCUUUUCUUCUGAACUGCCUGUCAGGAUGUUUUUCUCUGGCGGGCAGUGUGGCCAUGUUGGCAGACCUGAAGAACUUUUACUGAUGUUCAAGAUAUUUCUUGUCAUUUGUGUUCAUGUUGUUCUGGUUACAUCCCUGGAAGAGAAUGCUGGUAAUUCCAGUUUGUUACCACCAUCUGCUGACUCUCUUAUUGGUUUUGUACCCUACUCCAAUGAGGUUGAAACUACAAGCCUAAAUGUUGCUACUUCAACAGUGUUAUCUACUUUAAACAAGACAGAAAAAACUAAAAUCACUAUAGUAAAAACCUUCAAUGCAUCAGGAGUCAAACCCCAGAGAAAUAUCUGCAAUUUGUCAUCUAUUUGCAAUGACUCAGAAUUUUUUAGAGGCGAGAUAAUAUUUCAAUAUGAUGAAGAAAACAAUGUUACUGAGAAUCAAAAUAUGCCUAAUGGCACCUUGACUGGAGUCCUGUCUCUAAGUGAAUUGAAACGAACAGAGCUCAACAAAACCCUGCAAGCCCUAAGUGAGACUUAUUUUAUAGUGUGUGCCACAGCAGAAGCUCAAAGUACAUUAAAUUGUACAUUCACAAUAAAACUGAAUAAGACAAAGAACAUAUGUGCUGUAAUGGUGGCUUUGAAAGGAGUUAAGAUUCAUCCAAUGGAACAGUGCUGCUGUUCUGUCAGAAUACCCUGCCCUUCCUCCCCAGAAGAAUUAGAGAAGCUGCAGUGUGACUUGCAGGAUCCAAUUAUGUGUAUUGCUGGUGGUUAUCCACAUGACCCACCAGUUUCUUCUUCCGGCAAUUCCAUCCCAGUUGCUCCUCAGGCCACAGUUCUUUCCCGGGUCUCCAGUGCCUUCUCUUUAGCUGAGCCUCUAGACCAUCCAUCUGUGGUCACCCAGAGCCCAAAAGGGGUGAUUCACCUUCCUACUCUCCAGACUUCAGCUCCCAUAGCUUCUAGCCCAACCAUUGAUAUGCGCCCCCAAUCUGGAACUAUUUCUCCAACUAGUCCCCAAAUUGAUCUUUCCUCCACUCUGCCACCUGUGAAAUCCUCACUUCCUUCUCCCACCACAUCUGCCCCUGUGAAUGUCAUCACGACCAGCACACCUCCUGACAAGACAGAAGUUGUUCCCACCAGUAGCAUGACCAUUUCUGAUCUUGAACACCAAGUGUCUCAGAUGGAGAAAACUCUGUCCUUAGGCAGCUUGGAGCCUAACCUCGCAGGAGAAAUGAUAAAUCAAGUCAGCAAACUCCUCCAUUCCCCACCCGCCUUGUUGGCUCCUCUGGCACAAAGAUUGCUAAAAGUAGUGGAUGACAUUGGCUUACAGCUGAAUUUUUCAACCAAGACCAUAAGUCUAACCUCCCCUUCUUUGGCUUUGGCUGUGAUCAGAGUGAAUUCCAGUAAUUUCAACACAACUACCUUUGCUGCUCAAGACCCUGCAAAUCUUCAGGUUUCUCUGGAAACUGAGGCUCCUGAGAAUAGUAUUGGCAUUAUUUCUCUGCCCUCAUCGCUGAUGAGUAAUUUACCGGCUAAUGAUGUAGAGCUAGCUUCCAGGGUUCAGUUCAACUUUUUUGAAACACCUGCCCUGUUUCAGGACCCUUCCCUGGAGAACCUCUCCCUGAUCAGUUACGUCAUAUCAUCGAGUGUCGCGAACCUGACUGUCAAGAACUUGACAAGAAAUGUGACGGUUACAUUAAAGCACAUCGACCAAAGCCAGGAUGACUUAACAGUAAGAUGCGUAUUUUGGGACUUGGGCAGAAACGGUGGCAGAGGAGGCUGGUCAUCCAAUGGCUGCUCUGUCAAAGACAGGAGACUGAAUGAAACCAUCUGUACCUGCAGCCACCUCACAAGCUUCGGUGUCCUACUGGACCUAACACGAACAUCCUUGCCAGCGGCUCAAAUGAUGGCUCUGACGUUUAUCACAUAUAUUGGUUGUGGGAUUUCAUCAAUUUUUCUGUCAGUUACUCUUAUAACCUACAUAGCCUUUGAAAAGAUCCGGAGGGAUUACCCUUCUAAAAUUCUCAUCCAGCUUUGUGCAGCUCUGCUACUUCUGAAUCUGGUUUUCCUCUUAGACUCAUGGGUUGCUCUGUAUGACACCCGAGGCCUCUGCAUCUCAGCAGCUGUAUUUUUGCAUUAUUUUCUCUUGGUCUCAUUUACGUGGAUGGGCCUAGAAGCAUUCCAUAUGUAUCUGGCCCUUGUCAAAGUGUUUAAUACUUACAUCCGAAAAUACAUCCUUAAAUUCUGCAUCAUCGGUUGGGGAGUACCAGCCGUGGUUGUGACCAUUGUCCUGACUAUAUCCCCAGAUAACUACGGGCUUGGAUCCUAUGGAAAAUUCCCUAGUGGCUCGUCCGAUGACUUUUGCUGGAUCAACAGCAAUGUUGUAUUCUAUAUUACAGUUGUGGGAUAUUUCUGUGUAAUAUUUUUGCUGAACAUCAGCAUGUUCAUUGUGGUCCUGAUCCAGCUCUGUCGAAUUAAAAAGAAGAAGCAACUGGGAGCCCAGCGAAAAACCAGUAUUCAAGACCUCCGGAGCGUUGCUGGCCUUACAUUUUUACUGGGAAUUACUUGGGGCUUUGCCUUCUUUGCCUGGGGACCAGUUAACAUCACCUUCAUGUAUCUCUUUGCCAUCUUUAAUACCUUACAAGGAUUUUUCAUAUUCAUCUUUUACUGCGUAGCAAAAGAGAAUGUCAGAAAACAAUGGAGGCGGUAUCUUUGUUGUGGGAAGUUCCGGCUGGCUGAAAAUUCUGACUGGAGUAAAACUGCUACUAAUGGUUUAAAGAAGCAGACUGUAAACCAAGGAGUGUCCAGCUCUUCAAAUUCCCUACAGUCAAACAGUAACUCCACCCACUCCACCACGCUGCUAGUGAAUAAUGAUUGCUCAGGACUCAUGAGCGGAAAUGGGAAUGCUUCUACAGAGAAGAAUGGUGUUUCUUUCAGUGUUCAGAAUGGAGAUGUGUGCCUUCAUGAUUUCACUGGCAAACAGCACAUGUUUAAUGAGAAAGAAGAUACCUGUAAUGGUAAAAGUCGCAUCGCUCUCAGAAGGACUUCAAAGCGGGGAAGUUUACACUUCAUUGAACAAAUGUGAUUCCUUUCUCUGAAAUCAAAGCAUGAUGCUUGACAGUGUGAAAAUGUCCAUUUUUACCUUUUCCACAAUGUGAGAUGUAUGAAAAUCAACUAAUUUUAUACUCAGCAACCUCUGGAGGAGCAUAAGCUAAUUGAGGGCAGUGGUUACUAUCCGAAGAGGAUGCCAAGACAUUUGGAGACAUUUGCAACUUGGUUUCUUAUUCUUCAUUUGAAAAGAAGAUUGGUUUUAAGCAACACACUAAAUAAGAUUCGUUUAAAGAAAAUAAAAGUAGUUCAUUUCCAGCCACAUUUUAAAGAGGUUAUAUUAUCUUUGAUAACAUCAUAUAAAGCAACUGUUGACUUCAGCCUGUUGGUGAGUUUAGUUGUGCAUUCCUUUGUUGUAAGUAAGCUAAAUUCUAGUGACCCACACAUCAGCAAUCUUACUUCUACAUUUUUUUUGUAUUUAUUUUCUAGUGUGUAAAUUUAUUUCUUUGUAGAAUCGUGGUUGUGUUGUUGUGUCUAAUGUGAUAAUUCAAAAAAAUCCUUGCUGGUUCAGUGAGUUCUAAAACUCUUUUUGGAGAUUAUAUGGGAUGUGAAAUAUAGAAACUUCAUUCAAGUCAAGAAAUAAUGAUGCCAGCCAGAAUGGAAAAAUGUAAGCAGACAGUGCCACAAUCAACUCAUACAAUGCCUUUGAGUGAGUUAGAAAAAGGUGUCUCCAAUAGAUAGACACAGCCCCAUGGGCUCAUGGCUUGGAAAACAGAGUGGGGUCCAUCUUUUAGCCCCACUCACCCUCUAGGGUGCGCCCUUGUACAGGAUGUGAACUGUAUACACCUGGAAACAUGGCAUCUCAUACCCAUCUCCCGAUCUGAUCCCUAAUCAUUAAAUUAUGGAAUCUGCACCAAGAUGUUUACCUUAAUACCGUGGCCACAGAGAGGGAUAGAAGUGUAAUCUAGACCAUAUGUCAGGAAAAUUGUGAAUGUGGAGGAGAUACAUUACACUGCCUCUUCUCAGAUCCCUAGAGCCUUUCAGAAAAGGGGAGUAGCACAGGGAUUACUUUUUAAAAGAGAUGUAUAUAAAGGAAAAAAAUCAUAUUGUUGUUCUUUAAAAGGCCAUUGCACGGUACUUUGUUGAUUGUUAUGACUGGUACACUCUGGCACAGCCAGAGCUAUAGCUAUUUUCUAAAAGAGCUCUUAGUCUUAAAGAGUGUAUAGGGACAAGGGGGAACAGCUACCGGGAAUGGUAAACUAUCCUGCAGUGCUAUUAUUUCCAUAUGUAUGAAAUCCUGAUUGCUCCUAGUUAUAGAGGGUCUAUCUUGCUUCCCAUCUACAGCCGUGUGAGCAGUGCCUCACAUGUGUCCUUAUUAGGAACAUUUCAAAACCCUUUAGUUAGGUCUUUCACUACCAUUCCCUCGCAUAUAUUUCAAGUGAAUGUAUCCCAGACUAACCAUAGUGAUAAUGUAAUAUACUUCUCUGAGUGCUGAUUUGCCUUUGCAAUAUUUCUUCUCCAAUUUAUUUAAUUGUCUUGUAUUUAUAUGUUAAAAUCAACAGAAAAACAUUAAAAUCGACAAAAUAAA